AUGAGCCUUGCCGUCAGCACUCAAGGCCGCUCGCGCGCGAUAUCGACCGCUAUCGUCCCCGAACCUAGAGAUGGCGACAUUUCGGGUCUUGUCGACGUCCUCCGAGUUAUAGACAGAUCCUCCUACUCGGCGCUGGCGCAUGCGUUGGAAGAUUCUACAGUGCUGCAGCAAUUGAGACAUAUUUUGAAGGAUGACAAUGACCUGCACGGUUCUAAAGGGGGCUUCCGACGCGUUGGAGGCCACCGCGUGCUGUUGACGUCGUUGAAAGCCCUGACCGAUCUUUUUACCUCGCAGGAGGUGUCUCCCUCGGAGAACAAGCGACUGCUACAGAAUCUUAGCCAACUGCUUGGAGUUCUUAGUGCUUCCCUUGAAGGUCAUGCAGGCAACCAGCGUUUCUUCAGAACGGGACCAAAUGGCAACGGCUGGGAUGAAAUCGAAUCCUUGGCUACAGUCCUUGUGAAGAAGAUUGAGCAAUCUACGCACCAGGACCUCGCAGUGGAAUCAUUCCUCGGCCUGUUGCUCGUGGCCGCAACAGGCGAGGAAACUGUCACUGAUACAUACACUUCAAUCACGAAAUCACAGCCAGUCCAAGGACUCGAGUCUAUCACGGAGGACACAAUUGCUGAGAUUGAAGACCGCGUUAAAGCUGCGCUUGCUGGCGCAACCGAUUUGGUCCUUCCAGAGUUUCUGACAAUUCAAGUGUCUGCUUGGAGAGCGUCCCAACGAGCCGCCCCCUCCAUGGUGCACUUUUCAUUGCCUCUGAGUCUGAAAGCGCUCAUUUCGACCACCAGACAUAAUCUGGUGAAUGCUCAUCUCGUUGGCCUUUCUUCGACACUGCUGCCGCUACUCUUCAGCAAUGAUCUGCCUGCCCAACAAAGAAAGCUCUGGAAGGAUGUGGCUCUUUUGCUUUAUCAGGAAGGCGCUUCCAGUCUCAAAGAAGCUGGCCAGCUGUUCAGCAGUGCUCGAUCAAAGACAGAUGCUUCCCUUUUUCUGCUGGAUGCGAUCAAGAACUCCCGCCGACCUUCGAGCAUCCAAUUCGACUUGUCUACAUCUGGAUAUUCGUCUGUUGAAUUGGCGACUUUAGGUGCAUCGUUCCCUCCUACCGAAGCUGCCGGCUAUACUCUGAGUGUCUGGGCACGGUUCGACGAGUUUGACUCAACCGCACAUACAACCUUAUUUGGUGCCUUCGACCGCUCGCAGAGCUGCUUUGUGCUCAUCUAUCUUGAGAAAGAUACCCAUCACUUGAUCCUGCAGUCUUCAAUUCGUGGAUCGCGGCCAAGCGUCCGUUUCAAGGCAAUCGUCUUUGAGCCUGGACGAUGGUAUCACAUAGGCCUCGUCCACAGGCGGCCACGGGCAACAAGCUCAUCCAAGGCUUUUCUGUUCGUGGAUGGUGAGUUUGUCGAACAACAAAAGGCCAGCUACCCUUCCAUACCGCCUUCGGAUCGUGGCCAGCGGCUUAAAGUGCAAGCAUUUUUCGGCACACCACACGAUCUUUCGCCUGCUUCUUCGGGCGGCCAGUGCACUUCCAAGUGGUCACUCGCAUCUGCUCACCUGAUCUCGGAUGCCCUCAGCGACGAUCUGAUUGCAGUCUUCUACAACCUAGGCCCGCAGUAUCAUGGCAACUUCCAGGACUGUCUGGGAGGUUUUCAAACAUACAAAGCUUCUGCUGCUUUGAAUCUACGUAAUGAAAUGCUUCAUCCCGGAAAAGAGGACAAUUCAGAGCUCAUUCUGGCCAUCAGACAGAAAGCCAGCGAUCUGAUAGCCGAAGGCCGUGUCCUGCUGUCCAUCUCGCCGGCAUCAGUCUUAGACUCGGACGAUCGAAAUCAUAUCGAUGAAUCGCAGCUGGUCAAAUCGUUGUCAAAGCUCGCCGCAAAAAAUUUAGUCGCUUACACUCGGUCAGGCUCUAACGCUGUGGCGAUCAACGGAGCCGUGCCUUCCAUCAACGAUGCACUGACACAGGCUCGUGGAGUCGCAAUGCUGAUGGGCGAGCCGACGGUAGCAGUCCCGCAGCCCUUGGAAGAUGCCGCAUGGCGUCUGGGAGGAUGUGCACCAGUUGGCCUUGGCCUAGUUGCACAGGCUACGACCACCGAAGACCUCGCAGUCGCUGUUGAUAUUUUAUUCGAGACUAUACGGUCAAGCUGGCGAAAUAGCGACGUCAUGGAACGCGAAAGGGGCUACGAGAUCCUUGCAAUGCUUCUCGGGGGAAAGUUGUCUCUCAACACCGACGCCACGAAGCCAGUGGCCAUCCUUCCAACGUCAGCCUUGGAUCGACCCGGCGUCUUCCUGAAGGUUCUUGGUUCCGUUCUGGAUUUCGUUGGAUACGACUCGCAUCAGAAAGAUCAGUCAGUGAUCAAUAACCCCAUGGCGUACAAGACGCUACUUGUGGACUGCAGCAUAUGGCGGUGUGGUCCACAAGCCGUACAAGAGCUGUACUUCGAGCAGUUCCAGAUUUUUGCAGCCACAAGUAUCCAUGCGCGUUUCAAUUUGAAGCGCCUGGCGCGUAUGAGAGUUUUACGCAGGCUACUUGAGGCACUAAAAUCCGAGCCUGUCUCACAGACUGCUGUGCAAGCGUACAUGGAGACCUUCAGAGUCUUGCUUCCACAAGCAGUCUCCGCUGAACUCCUGCGAUCGAUGGCCUUGUUUGUGACCUACGCGGUCAGCAAGCGUCACCAGGAUCUACCGACGCGCCGCGGAACACGGCGUUCUACACGGCCUCGACAGUCCUCCAACCCAAGUCCGUCCCGACAUGGUGAAGAGCCUGGUACUUCCCUGACUCACUUUGAGAUUGGCAUGGAAGUCCUGCGGCUCUACUCCGAUGUCUUAUGCAAGGAUAGCGAUGAUUUCUUGAUUAAACGCUUCGCCAAAACUGUCACCAACAAAUGGGUCCUCUAUCUUAUGGCUGAGACAUCUCCCGAGAUCGUGGUGUUAUCAAUGAGGAUCAUGGCUCGAUUGAUGGUAGUUCACGGUGAUGCUUACGUCAAGAAACUGAAGGAUCGAAGCGGUGGAUUUGAGAUCCUGGCGCACAGGCUGAAGCGUUGGUGGCAUCUACCCGCCCUAUGGCCAUGCUGCUUCGCAAUUUUAUUCGGUGUUGACGUGGCCAAGCUCGACUUGAAUCGUCCCUUUGAUCUUUUUGGUCUUGUGGAAUUGUUCAAUGGUCGAAAAGAGCUGUCUGUGGUGUAUCCCGAGAUGUUUCGAGUUAUCACAAGCAUGCUUCAGAGCGGGCUCAAAGCAAUUGUUUCGUCCAAGCAACACGAAAAACCAACACUUUCCGUUCCGCAAGAGCCAGUUUCUGGGGCUUCAACGCCGCAGCGCCUUUCAAUGUCGACAAUGGCGCCUCCAAACCCCUUACUGACUAUCGUCACAAGUCAACAUGUGGACACAUUCGGUAUCGUUCUUAGUUUCCUGUCUGACCUCCAUGCACGGUCUGCAAAGUUUCGCGAGUUUGCUGCAAGCUCAUCGUACGUACAAGACCUUCUGGGAGUACUUUUUCCUGUGGUUGUCGGCAGCGACAUCGUCGAUGCAAGCACAGAGCUCAACGCAAGAGACUCUACUUUGACAUUCGAUGGAAGCGAUGUCGUUGUGCAGCCACUCUCUUCCGCCCCUCCAAUUGUCCGAACGUCCAAUGUGGAGGCUCCCCAGGUAAACUCUAGAGGCAAAGCAUUACGGAGAGGCUCAUCUUUCGUUCUGGUCACAAAGGAAGUUGGACGUCAGAAUGGCUCUCAGUCGAGCUUGACACAGACUGUCACCCCAGCAUCGCCCAUGGCUGAACCACCUGAGCUCAACGACGGUUCUGCUAUCGUUCAGAAUCUUCUCGAAAUCAUUGUGGCGGUGUUCAUCGACCAGAUCGUGGCGAGGAAGGAUUUCCCCGGUUUAGGUCUGUUCCUGAAAACUCCACCGGGCUUCGUGGAGCAUCAAUCAUACUUCGAGUCAUGGAUUCUCCGCAAUGCCGUGUCGCAGUUGUCGAAUUAUCUCAGCUUAAAUCAGCAGAUAUUAGCAGAACCGAAGGUGUUGACGAAUCUCGCCCGAUUAUUCUCACAUUUUGGUGAAGCUCUAUUCGAAGGAUGGUUCAUUGGUGGGGCCGAAUGCCUUCUUGACUUGUCCGGCUCGAUUCUGGAGCAUCUCCAGCGCCCCGAUAUUGCUGCUCUGAAGAGCGUCAGGCUUUGUUCUCAGGCCAUUGGGGUGAUUAGGGCAGUCGUCUUUCGCACCGUCCUACUGAGCCUUUCUCAACUCCAAGACGAGGAUUCAUUUGCUUUCCUUGAAAAGCUCAGUUACUGGCAAACUGUGCUGUUAUCCGCAGAGGAGACACAAUCAACGCAUUUGCAGCUGGUCUGCUACUUGCUCUACGCCAGCUUGGUUUCGCCACGGGAGACCGUUAGAAACGCCGCAGCCAAUCUUUGGCGCAUAAUCUUGGUCCAAAAACCAGCGGAAGCGGCUGCAAUUCUUGGUUAUGCAAACACAGCAGAGCAGAAGCGGCUGGUAGCAAGCUUCGAAAAGCUUGUUGAAUUGGACAACGAAACGUUCCUCUAUUGGAUAGAUGAGCAUCGGGACGAGCUUGAUCUUCUGUUCUUCGAUACUCUAUCCAAAACAUGGGAUCACUUCGUUGCCGAGGAGAAUAAGCGAACAGAAGAGGGCGCGCGAAGUCGGAUUUCCAGGCGAAGAGAGAAGUUGAAAAUGUGGGCACGCGAGGAAGCCGAUGAGGCUGAGCUCAUCAGACGCCACGAAACUACAUUUGAGCAUUGGACCGCCAACAUCUACUCGGCAGAGCAUCUGAAACACCAGAGACUCUUACAAGACCAUCAGGACGAUCUUCAUUUUGCCGAAACCUCCUUUGCAAAGAUGCAGAGGGACACGGCUCGAUCAUCAGGCGUUUUCCCCGAAGAAAAGCCUCGCAAAUGGAGGCUCGAUCAGACAGAAGGCCGCAACAGGAUGCGCAUGCGACUACACGAAGAUCACAGCAAAGCGCAGCAGGAUCAGCAGCCCAAGCGGAAAGGCACAGAUACUCCAGCACUCCAGCUUGACACUAAAAACGUGAAGAUGAGCAGUCUGGAGGCAGUUGCUGCGACUCCGGCUCCUCAAUCUGCUGUCGACUCUGAUGUAGACGGAGUCCGUGAAGCCUUUCCAGAUGCACCGACCAAUGGUGAUGGGUCAAAGCCAAAUGAUGUCGAUGAUAGCUUUGAGCUUAUUGAGGAUCCAAACGAGGGUCAGGAGGAUGCAGAGGAUAAGAAUCGCAAAGUUAUGCGCAGCCUCGAGAGAGGUGACCAAGUCAAGCACGUCGCCAAUAUUUCUCGCAUACUUGGACUGGAAGCAGUUGAAGGCCUGCUCAUAUUGGGCAAGGAUCAUGUGUACUUGAUGGACAAUUUUUUCCAACGUGCGGAUGGAGAGAUUGUCAACGUGUGGCAAGCACCUCAAGAAGAACGGGACUCUUACAUUCGAAUGAUUUCGGGCCGAGAUGUUACGGUGCGCAAAGCAACGGCACGUGAUAACGAACACGAAGUCAGGAGUUGGAAGUGGUCUGAAGUUAUCAGUGUCUCGAAACGACGAUUCUUAUUCCGAGAUGUUGCUAUCGAGAUUUUCUUUGGUGACGGACGCAGCUACCUACUUACUGUCGUUUCGCCACAAGCCCGGAAUGAUCUGCAUUCGCUCAUCAGUGCCAGGGCACCGUCUUUUGGAUCCCCAGACAGCCCCCAGUCGGAGUUCGCCUGGCGAUACGAAACGCUCAAGUCUGUGGAUGACGAGCCACAAGGCUUCGGUUCUCGCUUCGCACACGUCUUCAGUCAAACAGCAGCAAUGACUGCUACAAAGAAGUGGCAGAAGGGUGAGCUGUCGAACUUCCACUAUCUCAUGCUUGUCAAUACUCUCGCGGGUCGGACUUAUAAUGAUUUAACGCAAUACCCGGUCUUCCCGUGGGUGAUUGCUGACUACACAAGUGCCGAACUCGACCUGAACGACCCACAAACCUUCAGAGAUCUGUCGAAACCUAUGGGCUGUCAGACAUCAACCCGGGAAGCCGAGUUCCGCGAUCGAUACAAGACAUUCGCAGAGAUGUCUGACGAGAAUACUCCGCCUUUUCACUACGGCACGCACUAUUCGUCGGCCAUGAUUGUCACAUCGUACCUUAUCCGGCUACAGCCAUUCGUCAAGUCGUAUUUACUUCUGCAGGGGGGCACAUUCGAUCAUCCAGACCGCAUGUUUUUCUCCAUCGAGGGAACAUGGAAAUCGGCUUCAAGAAUGAACAUGACGGACGUGCGCGAGUUGACGCCCGAGUUCUUCUACCUACCGGAGUUUCUUGAAAACCUGAACGAUUUCGAUUUUGGAACCCGACAAAAUUCCAGUAAAUCCAUCAGCUCCGUCGAGCUUCCGCCGUGGGCGAAAGGCGACCCGAAAAUCUUCAUCUCGAAGAAUCGAGAAGCCCUGGAAAGCCCAUAUGUGAGCAAGCGUCUGCAUCAAUGGAUCGACCUCGUCUUUGGGUUCAAGCAAAAAGGUGAAGCCGCCAUCGAGGCAGCCAAUGUGUUUCAUCAUCUAUCAUAUCAAGGGGCAAAGGAUCUGGAUGCGAUCACGGACCCUGUGGAACGGCUGGCGACUAUUGGCAUUAUUCACAAUUUUGGACAGACACCUUACCAAGUUUUUCAGCGUGCACAUCCUGCCCGCGAGCAGAGCCGGCACAAGUACAAACGGCUAGAUACGGCAGCUGAGUCGCUGACGAGGCUCCCUUCCACACUCCUGGACAGUGAGGAGCGCGUGGCCUCGUUGUGCUAUGCAUGGAAAGCGGACAAGCUCUUAUGUUCGGGUCCUUUCCGGAUCAAUAUGCCGCCGCAUUACGAGACCUACAUGGAGUGGGGGUUCUCCGAUAACAGUGUCCGCUUCUACUCAGCGGAUAGCGGCAAGCAGAUCGGCUUAUUCGAACAUCUGCACAUCGGACAACUAUCGUGUGCGAUCUUUGCCGACUCCAAAACAUUGAUCACCGCCGGCACUGACUCCACCGUGGCUGUGUGGGAGAUCCAUCAUCAUGGAAAAGUGCUGAACCUGCUCCCCAAAGCCACGCUGUUUGGGCACCGAGAACCGGCUACUGUGCUGGCUAUGUCGCGAUCUUUCAAUGCGCUGCUUUCAGCAUCGAAGGCUGGGGAGCUAAUGCUCUGGGACCUGAAUCGCUGCGAAUUCGUUCGCAGGAUCGACGGGAACAUGGAAAUUCAAUGCGCUUGCGUCAACGACGUGACUGGCAACAUUGUCUUGUGCCAUGGCUCCCAGAUCAGCGUCUAUACGAUCAACGGCGAUUUGCUGGUGCGGCAAGAGUCCGGCGACAGGAGUGGGGAGCAUAUCGUCUCAUGUGCCUGCUACGAAGGAGCGGGUAAUGAAUGGCUGGAGCGCGACAUCAUAUUCACGGGUCAUAAGUGGGGAGUCGUAAGGAUAUGGAACAAGGUGAUUCAUGACGGACGGUUUGAGCUUGAGCUCAUUCGACAGCUCAAUCACGUCGACAGUAGUCGCGGAGAUGGCGCUAACGUCAGCUCUGCUAUAAGCUGCAUCUUGCCAAUGCCGCAGAUGGUGUACACGGGAGACGAAGAUGGCCGAGUGUGCGAAUGGAAUUGCGUGCAGAGACAGUAG